AAUCCUUCUUUUUCCCCCACGAGGGAACAGCGAACUCAAAUAUCUAUUCCUUAGCCAGAGCCCGGCCGAAGCAGACUAUCACAAAUUGAUAAGCAGAAAGCAUUUAGCAAGGCAAAGAGAAGCGGCUAUGGAAACUCUUUGCCCCUCACUAUCCACCAUUUCUUUUGGACUCAACUCUCACAAAUCAUUGCGCCUAAUUGCCUCCCUAAACGCUAACAGCAGAUUUCCCAUUUGGGUGCACAACAACAAAACCAAGAACCACUUGAACCUUUCCUUAUCCUCUUCUUCCAGUUCUUGCAUUUGUUCAUCUAAAACUGAAACUGAAACUACAACUUCAGCUUCCUUCGAUUCAACAAGUACCAACAACCAUUGGAUGGUGCUAAUGACGAAGCCUCCAGAAGGGGUCAAUUCCAAACCCCAAAUCAUUGAUUACUAUGUCAAAACUCUGGAAAGAGUUUUGGGCACUGAAAAAGAUGCUCAGAUGUGUAUAUAUGAUGCUUCUUGUGAUACCCAAUUUGGUUUUUGCUGCCACGUUGAUGAACAAACUUCCCGUGAACUUGCUUGUUUACCUGAGGUUUUAUCGGUUAAGCCAGACCCACAUUACAACUCUGAGAAAAAAGAUUACACUGCUUCAAGCAUUCAGCUUACUAACGAAUUCGAUUCAGGAGUAGGAAGUCUGCAGUUAUUUCCUUCUGGCAACACCAAACACUGGCUUGUUCGAAUGGAUAAGCCAGGGGUUGGGGUUGUUACAAAGGCACAAAUGGUUGAUUAUUAUACUCAAAUACUAACCAAGGUUUUGGGAAAUGAGAAGGAUGCCCAAAUGUGCAUAUAUCAUGUAUCUUGGCAAUCCCAUUUUGGUUUCUGUUGUGAACUUGAUGAAGAAUGUGCGCAGGAACUAGCAGGUGUACCUGGAGUUCGAUCUGUUGAGCUAGAUAGGAAUUUUGAGUCAGAUAACAAAGACUAUGGAGGUAAUAAUUUUCAGAAUUCUACAAAUCUGCCAGAGUCUUCAGAAACUAUUGAAAUGACCACCAUAAAAACAAAGAAACUUUUCAUAACAGGCCUGUCAUUUUACACAUCUGAGAAAACAUUACGUGCACAUUUUGAAGGUUUUGGUGAGCUUGUUGAAGUUAAAAUUAUAAUGGACAAGAUCUCUAAAAGAUCUAAAGGUUAUGCAUUUGUGGAAUACACCACAGAGGAGGCUGCAACUGCUGCACUUAAGGAGAUGAAUGGCAAGAUCAUAAAUGGUUGGAUGAUAGUUGUUGAUGUUGCCAAAAGCAGAACUUGAGCAGAGGCGGUUCCAGACCGACAUUCUGAAGAGGAAGAGAAGGAAAGAGUGGAGUGUGGGAUGAAGUAGAAGCAGGAGAUUGUGAGGGGAAGAAAUGCCCUUGUACCAGAAGAAUUUUGCAGAUAGACUACCGAAAUUUUGUACAUUAAAAUUACUAGAAAUGAUCAAUAGCUGUUGAAAUUGUUACAUCAAUAUAUUUUACUUCAUUUAGGUAAAUGCCUUCUUAAGUGCCAGCUUGGUCACUGAAGAUCACUUAAGAAAACAGAGCCUAUUUACACAGUAGAAAAUUGACCUUAGAAACAGAGCCCAUUCCAUCUGAUGACACGUCCCCUCCACACAAAUUCCCAACCAAACCCCUAUAAAAUCCCAAACCUCGGCAAAGUCUGGAGGAAAGUAGCAGAAAACAACCAAAGCUAAUGUGUGUGAGAAAGCCGAAGAGUCCACCUCCAUGGGAAGCCCUUGUUUUGGUUGCUCACUACCUUGAUCCUAAAGCCUUAGCCACGGCUUCGUGUGUUUCCAAGCCAUGGUCUGUAGCCAUGUCCUUUAGACCACAUCUGGCAACCGCUUUAUUCUUCCCGCUACCUUUCUUUGUCCAACCUCAAAAUAUCCUAUCCUUCAGUCCCAUAUCUCCGCCUCUAUGCUACUGGCCUCGCGGCUUCCAAACGCCGCUUUAAACCCCCAUCAAAGCCACGCCUUUCCUUGGACAACCUCGUCUUUGCCAUUGAACUAUCCACCCGGAGAGCCCCUGUUCUCACCAUAGCAGAAACAGCAAGCAGAAUCAAUAACAUCCAGGGAAAUGAAGUGUUUUAAGUUCGAUAUUGAUGUAAAUUGCCAUGACUGUUAUCCGGGAAUUAAAGCUUUAGAAAAGAUAAAGAUAACGUGGAACGUGGUGUUAAAAGGAUGGGAAGCAGUGUUCACGAUGAUGGACUGCGAAGGAAAGUUAAGUUCCACGGCGGCAGUGGAAGGAUGGUUCUUGGAGGAGCUUCCUUCUCCAGGGUGUUGCUCCACCGAUGUGGGAAGUGGGAUGGUUGCGGAUUUGAAGUUGGAAUUUUCUGCGGAUUUGGAAGUAGAAAAAAGUGAGUGUAGGAAUUUUGAGGUGCAUAGAUUGGAGAUAUGCGAAUAUUGAUGAUGGGCAUAGAUAUUUGCAGCAGUUUCUUCUGCUUUAAUGUAAAUUAAUUCCAUGUUUUUGUUCCACAUUGAGUAACAUGAAUGCUAAAUC